AGCUAAACGCAGACGGUCGGCUGACACUCGGGUGGUUUUGUUCACCGGAACACCAGCUGCUACCUGUGCUUACGGCUCUUGGAUCCCAGAGUGAUGCUAUUAAACAAUGAAGCCACCGUACAGCUAGGUAUCCAUGGAAACCGGAGAGCAUUUGUUAAAUAAUCACGAGAUGCUGAGUCACUGUGUAGUGAAACUUUGUUAAUUAACAACCACGCGGACUGGAAAACAUUAGAUCUCUGCUUGUAGUGGUUUAUUAGGUGAAAGGUGAACACUUGGCUCCGCCUGCGUAGAUUAAAGAGAAACAAGGCUAGCGGAAACCAAGAGUUUUCAACUUCAGAAUAAAAGCCUACGCUAUAUUCGCCAGCAUGACAACAACCGAAAGGCAUAGUGAAAAAUGUUUUAUGUUAUCAUUAAGGGUCAUCUUAAAACAAGUGUUUCUAUUAAACUUGUUUAAAAUAUAUUUAAUAGAGCGCUUUGAUAAUUCACUAACAAAACCGUCCUGCGACCUCAAACAGUAAAACAAUGCAUCUAAAACAUACAUUUCUGGGGGGGUUUAUUGCACAAUGUUCCAGUAAAAACAAUAAAUUUGUACUAAAAUAAUAUAUUUAAACAAUUCCAGAUACAUGCGUCAUUUGUUUAACACGGAAUUUAUUUAAUUACAUACUUUUACCUCAAUACUUGAUUAGAUACUGUUUAAAGAGAAAAAGAUCUACAUUUCAAAUAACGUAUUCCGAUGUUUUACGUUGCUUGUUUCAAUUGUUUUUCUUUAGAUAUGAUGAUGAAAUAAAGUUGAUAAAAAAGGCUAUAAACUGUCUCGUAAGCAAUUUCAGUGUUUAAUAAACAAUAUUGAUCCAAAUACUGAGCCCUGUGGGACUCCAAAAAUAUCUAGUCUCUCCUCUAAAUGAGUGGAUGAAGGAUGUACCUUUUGAUGGCGCAACCUUUACUUGUAGCGUAAGGGUUUUAUUUUGAAAUUCGCCACCGGACGCUUUAGAAAUCUCAAUGGGUAGCUUCACAAUGUACGAGCGUGGUAGUUCCUAGUCCUUAUGAAAGUAAAGUGCGCUUCGCCCUUGUAAUCUGUCAGAGGAGCGGGCGUAUUGCAGUCAUCUUCGGAGCUGCAGAGGUGCACAGCAGAUACAGUGUCCGGCUCAGAGAGUCACAGUCCUCGGGCGUCAGAAAGCGUUCAUCCCUCCUCCUGUGCACGGUCCCCGGCACCGUGGACCCGGGUUCUCCUUGAAUGACCUACACACAACCCUAAAGAACACGCAGUGGUCCCAUUGGCACCUGGAGGACAGCAGCCGRUCCGGAGCGCACUGCUAUAAAACACAGCAGCUGACGGAGCCAAGCAAAGCGAGUCCCAUGCAGGCUUCUGGCCGACCUCAGAGCCGCUGACCCCGGGCGACAAGCCGCAAAGCAGGACGCGCUGCGUCAGGAGGAGCGAGCUGGAAGUUUACGGUGAAGAGUUUAAAGGUGGUCACCGGGGAAGAGGCACACACUGACGGGCUUAUUGCUGCUUCCUGACAUCACAUGAUGUACACAAUCACCAGGGGUCCCAGCAAACUCGUUACACAAAGGAGGACAGGUCCCACCCAGCAGGUCGAGAGCAAGUUCAGCGACUUGAAGCUAAAGCCCACCUCUUGGCUCACCUCAAACUCUCCGCCUCCGAAGAUCGUCUUCAACCGGCUCAACGGGAAGCGCCACAACGGGACGGCCACGCAGAAGAGCCAGAGCCCGGCCGCAGAGGGAUUCACGCCGGCGCACGAGGAGAACGUCCGAUUCGUCUACGAAGGAAAGAUGCGACUCUGGUGGUUGUUUGUUGCCACAAACUUCAGGGCUUCGUUGUCGCUGGAUCUAAAAGAAGAAGAAGAAGAAAUAAGAACCAGUCCCUUAAACCAGCUUUCGUGCAGUAACGUCACUGGGAUUUGGAUUUCAGAUACGACAGCCUGACAAGUAACAAGUUGAUUAAAGAUGCAAAACACUGAGA